AUGUCAUCACUAAAUAAUGAAAAGGCCGAAAAUUUCAUUCAGGAAAGAUUGGAUUCAUUACAUGAAAUAGAUUGUAAAGUAGUGACUUUACUUGAUCAAUUUUCAUCAAUAUUUCAAUCAUUUUAUACUAAAGAUAAAGAAGAAUUUUCUCAACAAACAUCUGAUAUAUAUUCUACUUUGAGUAAAGUUGCCAUUGAUUUACGUAAAGAAAUUAAAAUUAUGGAUGAUAAUAUUGGGGCAUAUGAUAAGAAUGAUGAUAAUGUGAUGAUUUUACCUAUUAGUAAUGUGGAUCAAAAAAACACAAAAUUAGGUAGAAAACGAUUGAAUUUAGAAUUAGCUGAAUUGAAAAGACUAAUAUCUGAUGCAAAAGAAGUUGAAAAUAUAGAAAAUGAUGAUAAUGAUAAUAAUGAAAUUCAACCUGAAAGUGAUGGUAACCAGAUACCACAAGGCAACGAGAAUGAGAAUGAAAAUGAAAACGAUCAAAACAACAACGUAGCGAAUGAUGACACCGAAAUGAAGGAUUAA